UCGAAGAUAAUCUACAUUCUUCAAAUUUUGCUUCCUUCAUCUUCUUUCAUUUCAUCUUUUUGUCUGUCGUUCUGUGAGUGUGUCUGUGUGUAUGUGUGUGUGUAUGUGUGUGUGUACGCGUGUGCGCGUGUGUAUUUCUUUCUCAAUCGCUGUCUCCCGUUUUGUGUCUGCCAAACCUGAUCCCUGUAACUUUGUCUCAUUCACUUUGUGUUCUGUUCUACCUAUCACUUGUCUGUCACUCUCCUUUCUAACAUUACCCUAUUGUGUGUGAAUCAACCGAUCUUAAGAUUGUCAUCAAAUGUUCAAGUUCUUGGCUUUUAACACGAAUACGAAAUCAAGGAAGGAUGUAAUUGCUACUCAUUUCAAAAGUCAGAACUAAACGAAUAUAUUAUCAUCUGUUACCAAUACUAUCCCAACACUAUCAGUUGCUGGUGCUAACAUUUUCCCUACCAUCGAUACUACCAAAUUUCCAGCUUCAGCGACAACAUAAAUACAGCAUGAAGAUUCAAAUUUUUCUACUGUUUAUUCAAGCAACAAUUCUUCCUUUCAGUGGCGGAGAUGGAAAAAACUGGAAUAAAUCAGCAUUUAACAAGGAUUCAAAAGACUUCAAUAGUGCCACACAAGAUUAUAUCCCUCAUGAUCUAAAUUAUCGGACAAAAAUAUUCCAAGGGUCUCAGAGCAAGAAAGACAGCCAUAAAUCAACGAAGAGAACGUUCUUCGAAAAUCCAGCCUCAAAUCAUGCAGAAAGCGCUGAUAGUUCACAAGAAUUUAACAGAAGACGUUAUUUUAAUACAAUGAGUUCUUUGCGAAAUACUAGAAGGAAUAAUAGAGAUAAACAAAUGGUGAAUGGGAAAAAUUCGACAGAGAAAAACGUUGGUCGGCAAGAGCCAAAUGCAAAGAACUAUAAAAGACCUAUGAAAAUGAUGACCUUAAACAAAAACGGUCGGUUGAAUAUGCGCAAUAAGAAGACUGACAUCCUGCAAGUGUACAGGCAACUACUUAUAAAAACUGGACAAAUGGAAAAAUUUAGAAAGUUAGGAAAAGUUAAGCAACGUCAGUUUAUUCGACGUUUAAUGCUUAAAAACCGCAAGAUGGCUAAAUUAAAAACUCAAAAUGAAAUGAACCAUAUUCAUCAGAAAAGUCGAGUACCGGAGCUAAAUCAAGAUACUGAGACAAGUCAUGUAACUGGGCUGAGUCAUGUAUCUGAAAAAGCAACAACUGAAAGUUCAAACAGAUUCUCAAAUACUCCAACUUCUAGGAAUACCACGUUGUUGAAUGUUUGGACAGAUGGAAUGCACAAUGACAAACAUGUUUCUUUAAAGAAUGAACCCAGUUAUCGAAACACAUCUCCUCCUCUAAAAUCUUAUAAAAAAGAUCAUAGAUAUUCGCCAGAAGAAAAUCAAAGAUCACAGAAACAUAAAAAGGAACAAGUUAUGCAGAAAAAAUUCGAUAAUUUUCAACGUGAGAAAGGAAAAAAUAGAAAACCAUUUCCUGUCAUGACUUCUCCGAAUAUGAUAGAUUCCGGAACACGUCAACCAAAUGCAUUUAUGUUUAAUCAAAAUGGCGAUGUCGUCCAUUACAGAGGCUCUUCUUAUCAAACGAUUUAUCCUGAAUUUGAACAACAAAGAUCAUUUUCCUUCAAAAAGAAGCUGCCAUAUCUAAGAGAUAUUCCUAACACAUCACAACCUGAUAUUAAGACUAAAAAAGAAGAGGAAAUUUCGUCUGAAAACAAAAUAGACGAUGAAAAUAAUGCGAAAAAAAGACGAGAUGAAAACGCAGACAACGAAGAUGAUGUAGAUAACGAAACAAAGAUAUCAUCUGCAGAAGAUAAAGACAAGUAUGAUUCUCAUCAGCAGACUCAAACCCGACUCCCUGCCACCUUUACAAUACGAGCUAAAAAUUACAAUGAUAUGAAUCCAAGCUUUCGGACACCUCGAUACGAUUUUGCUCAACAAUUUAAUCGGCGCCAAAAGAAAAAACGUUUAAUUCAAAGAGGAAAAAUUAAUUUACCUUCAAAUAAACGUCCUCUUAAAACUUUUAGAAAUCAGUUCAGAGUAAAUCGAAGACAAAACCGUUAUGGCAUGCUCAGAGAAACACCACCUUGGUCUAAUUUCCGUGCAAAUAUUGGUCAACCUUCUCAGUUUGUCAUGAUUUCAAGCGACCGUAGAAAAGAUAUGCCAAUUCCAAGAAAGGAAGAUCAAGAUUCCUCGGAAGACACUUCAGAAAGUGAACAAAGUCAAUUUUCCCCUCCUUACUAUCACACGUUGUCCCCGGGUCUAAAUUCAAUGGAUAUUGCUGGGGGGUUUCAAUAUAACUAUCAUCCUUAUGCUGGUAACGAUCAACUAGAUCAACAAGGCAAAGUGGAUUAUUAUCAACAAUAUCCCAUUACUCAUGUUGAGGACAAUAACGAAGAUAGCUCUGAUGAAAACACUUCUAUAGAGCAGGAGCAAGGAGACGAGGCGGAUUACCAAGAACCACCUUCAUAUGUAGGCAUGCACGGGUCAGAUGUUGCCCUUGAUACAGGCAGAGUAAAUGAAGUUAACCAUUUUUACGGUGAAAGUACGAUUGUACCUUUAGGUCAGUUGAAGCAUGAUCAAGAUGAUGACGAACAGGAUGACAAUAUCAACUCCUCAGAGAACGCAGUGGAAGAAACAUCGGAAGAGCAAGAUAAUCAAAAACGACUGCCGGAAAAUAUCCACAAAAAUCGUGAUUCACCUGAUACUCUCCUAAUCGUACUUGAUAAUGACUCAAAGACAAAGAAAAAUAAUGAUAAUGAAGAACAUAAUCAAUUCAAACAAUCCUCUACCGAAGAUUUUACCGAAGGCAAAAAAGCUAGUCCAAUAAUGAAGGCCGAUCACUCAUUAUCAAAUGGAAUAUUAGUUAUACUAGAUAAUGAUGGAGAAAAACCAACAAGCACAAUAAAACCCACUCCAGCAAUAGAGAAAAGUAAACAAUUUCCUGAAGUUAAACCUAAGCAAUCUGCAAAGCCAAUUAAGAUAAACGUUAGAAGUAAUUCUAGUUCUCUUGAGAUGUCUAACAAAUACUCGUAUUCAUUUCUAAACGAGACCUCAAAUAAACAUUCAUAUAAACCUCUGAAUAUCACAAAAAGCAAUGAAUCAUCAAACAACAAGAGUAACAAUUUCACCAAAACUAUGACUUCUAUUAAUGAUAUUUCCUUUAGUUUAAAUAGUUCUGAUCAGAGUCAACGACCAUCUUUUAGUGUAAACAGUUCUAAUCAACUUCACAGGACAUCUUUCAAGCCCCUGCGGCCAUCAAGUGAAAAGAAAAAUUCUUUGAAUAAUCUUUUGAUUGAAUUAGGAACUAAAGAUAACAUAUUCAACAUCCGAACGCCCAGUAGAGGAACUAGCCAACGUGUUGGAGAUUACCAUAAAGGAAUAUCGGAAAGCAAGUCACUAAGAAAAGAUCAACGUUUCCGACUUGUAAAGAAAUCACGCCCUGUUACAAACCGUUACAAAAGCAAUGGGCGUAAAAUAAAAAAGAAAUUUAGGUACAAAAACAUGGGCCACCCUUUCAAAAACGUUCGUCGCACUGGGAAUAGUAACAUUUCUAUGAGGAAAAGAUUUAGGAAAUUAUACCCAAAUAUUCACUUCCAAGCUGAUACUGAACUGUUUGGUAACCGUGUUAGAGAAGUCGUAGAGAUUCCUGACAUUGAUUGGACAUUAAAGGGAUCAACUUUGGAAGGUGAUAGCAUUAAUUUAUUGAAGAAAUCAAAAUCAACUGAAAAUAGAACCAUAACCUCCGGUCAUUUACCUCAAGAUCAUUCAGAAAGAUUACCUCAAAAUAAUAAUGUAAUCCGGGGUAUACAUUCUAAACAUCAUGCCAUCAACACAGAUACAUCAGAUUCCCAGAAAACCGAUUCCCAGUCCAUUGAAGAUGACAACAGAUACCGGAAAAUAUCCUUGGAGUAUCCAAAAGAUGCUGACGAGUACAGACUUGAUCACUUACAUGGAAUUCCGAACGUGUUCACUGUGGUGUCAAGUACGAAAGAUGAUGAUGACGAUGAUUCUGCUGAAUAUAGUCAGUCGGAUCAUAACCUAGUGAUCAACACGAUUAAGUAUAAAUCGCCCAAUAUAGAUAUGCAUCACAUUGAUUCUUUAAAUCCUGUCUAUUUAAAUACCUUAAAAGAUAUUCGAAACUUUGUAGAUACACACAGCGAAGAUAAAGAUGAUUUCAAUGAAGGAGUAGAUGAAGAAAGAGAAGAAGUGCAAGAAAAUAUGGAAUACUCAAAUAAACAGCCAGCAUUUCAUCCACUUUUGGUGAGAGGCAGAGAAGAUCCAUAUAAGACCGUAUCUAAUAUUCAGUUAAAUAAUGAAAAGAUGUCCCCUGUUUACAGGGAAAUAAGCGGCUCACAAGAAGAAUUUCCCGAUAUUGAGAGAGAUCAUGUUAUUGGCGAUUAUCAUUAUCCAAAAUUCGAUCAAUUGAAAACAAAGGUACAACUUCCCACUGAACUAUACCAAGAUAAACUAUACGGAAUCGAUUCAGAUGACGAAAAUGAAGAAUUGCCGCUGAUGUACAGAGAUAUAAUGUACAAGAAGCGCCUAUCCAAACACGACAAUAAUAGAAUGCCGCAUGAUAAUGACAAUACAUUUUCUACAUCGGAAAGAGUAAACACAAUGAACACAAAUAAGCAAAAUAGUCUGAACAAUUUCUAUGUGCUGGGCAAUAAACCAAGUAAAUUAAACCAUACAGUUGGUGAUUUCCACAACAAUAGUAGAAUAAAAGUCAACCACCCACUAAUGUCAUACAAUUCAAUAAGUGCUCUCUAUGGACAAUCUCCAUUAAACCCUGACGAAACAUAUGAUUCAGUCGAAGAUAGCAACUUGGACUCCACUAGUAUGGCGGAUGAAUUAAACUAUCGCAAUAAAAAACGGAAGUUGAUUUCUUCAAGUUCACACAGUUUGCAUAAUAAAAUACUUGUUACAGGCGCUGAAACGCCUGGAUUAUUAGGUCCAACGGAAAGUGAACGGAAAUCAAACGAGAAUCGUCUGAAAAAUACUUUGAAAAAGAAAACUUCCAGCCUUUUUAAGAGUCAUCUACGUAACCGUGAUAAGCAUUCAGACGAUUCUUCCAUCCGCUCUAUAGAAGGGGUUCGAUCUGACCAAGAAUUUUAUAGAACUUCGUCUGGCAGAAGAAAUCAGAUACUUGGGCAAAGCCAAGGGCGAGAAAAUCGGGAAAUCUAUUUGCCCAGAGAUUUUCAUAGCUCCGAAACGAUAUGGAGAAACGGAAAAAGCCCUUUACGUGGGCUAGAGGCUCAAGAUAUACCUCGUCAGUAUUGGCGAAUUUAUCAACUUUUAAAGAAAGGAAAUUUACCAGAAAAAUACAGAUCAUUAUAUUAUCACUUUAAAGACGAAAUGGAUAAAAUUGCCAAUAAAUCUUCGCAGGGUAAUAUCUAUAAAACCAAUACUCAUAAUAACCUUUCAGAUCCAAAUGAAACCUUGAAUAAAUUUGAUAUAAAAUUAACCAAUAGAUCUGGUAGUUCUCCAUUGUGGAACAACAAAAAUGAAGUAGAUAUUCUUAAGAGGAAUGAGUAUGAGAAGAAAACAGAUGAGGAAAAUACCGAUAUUGGUCUAGCAAUGCAAAAGGGCCAAAAGAAAUUGAGUGUAGUUGAUGUUCAUGAUGACACACAAGUUGCCUUAGAAGGAGUUUAUCUGAAAGGUGGUUUAGACUCUAAUAAUAAGGAUUUGGGGACACCAGAAUUUGGUGGUCGGCCAUUGGAAGAUGAAAAUAUUUCUGGAGAUUUUGGAAACAAUACAUUUGAGGAAAAUAAUAAAAACUGGAAGGAUACAAGUUUCGAUAUCGGCAUUUCAAAUCCAAAGUGGAACGAUACAUUAGCUUAUGAAGAAUCCAGGAUGAAGGAGAAAACUGCAUUUCUGAAUAAGGACUACAAUAUGAAUAGCAUGGAUUACCAAAAACUGCACAAAAACGUUUCUGAUUAUGAAAUAGCAAAAGGCUAUAAGAGCGAAAACAGUUAUCCAUUAGUUGAUGAACAAUUGCGUAAAACACAAUAUAAAAAUUACUACGAUGAAAAUAGUCCUGGACUCUUUGAGAAUGGAGUUCAUUUUGGGGUUCAUGGCAAAGCCGAUAAAGGCCAGCAGAGACACGAUAUAAAUACAAAUCCUCGAGGAUCAAACAACAAAGUUCUCGGUCCUAAUGAUCAACAGAGUAUACAGUAUCCCACAGAAAACGGAAGUCCACUCACUGAUAUUAUUGAGAAUCAUCAAUAUGAAAACGUAUAUAAUUAUCAUGGGAGUAUAUAUGACCCAUAUGAUUACCUAGGGGAAGUGGAUAUCAGCCAGCUGGACCCAGUUGAAAAGGCUUUUCAAAUACCUUACAACAGUGUUCCAGAGAACACACUCACUAAAUUUGAUAAUCAAGGAAAUCCUUUAGAACCUUCAGAUUUAACAAACACAAAUUUACAAAAAAAUAGGUUAAUGAAAGACAAUUCAAAUUUAUUAACCCAGUAUGGUGAUGAAAUGAAUUUAAACGGUCGGGUAAGGCCAGAAAAACAGACCCCUAAUGUCGAUAAAGAUACAGAGAAGUUCAAGAGCAUGAGUAGAAACAUAAACAUAGAUAAACCAGGAAUCUUUGGUAGUGAUUUUCAAAAGAAAUCUGAUCAAGUUGUAUUAGAUAAAUAUUUAUCACAUGAUGUAUUUAAAAAAGUAUACAAAAGUCAAGGGGAAGGUAAACGCUUACACGAAAGCCAUGAGGUAAGAAAACACUCGCAAGACAGCAAUGGGGAAAGACAACUCUUGCAAGACAGCAAUGGGGAAAGACAACUCUUGCAAGACAGCAAUGGGGAAGAAAAUAUUUGCCAGACAGCCAUGGGGAAAGAAAACACUUGCAAGAUAGCAAUGGGGAAAGAAAAUACGCACACGACAAUCAUAGAGAAAGAAAGCAAGGACAAGGUAGCCAUGAAGAGAAAAAAUAUUCACAUGGUAAUUUUGGGGAAGGAAAGAAUUCUCAAGACAGUUCUAGAGGAGAUAGAAAACCUUCGCAUGAUAGUCUUUGGGAAGGAAAGCACUCAAAACACAGUCACAGAAGAGCAAAGCCGUUUCAACACAGCCGCAGUGAAGCAAAAAUUCUACAAAGCCAUAGGGAUAUUAAUGAUGAUGAAGAUGAUAGUAAAACACAAGAAAUAGAUAUUGCCAAGCCAAAUGAUAAUGAGUUAACAGAAGACAUUGAUGAUGGUGAUGCAAAACAUUAUUCCGGAAAUAACUACUAUCCUGAUAACAUUGUCCAGCCGUUAGGCUUAACAGAGAAAAACUUGCCAAACACAUUUCAAAUAUCUCCAAGUAACGUCUUUUCAACAUCGGCAACAAUAAUACAUCGGAAUAAGACUACAGAGGAGAGCAGAACGGAUGCUGAAGAAACUGAUGUUAAAUAUAUUGAUCACAAAAUGUUUUCUGUAACUCAGAAGAAAAUGUUCAAAUCAUCGUUACCUGUCUCUGUAAGUAACUUAGAAGGUACUGACAACAAAUGGCUUUAUCCUAGUACGGAUAACGGAGAUGCAAUUCGAAAUGUUUCUACCGAAGAAAAAC